AUGGCAACGGCGCGCUGGCUGGUUGACUGGAAAGGGACAGAGUCUCUCCUAAAAGCGGAUCCCUUGGCUAUCGGGCCACGCUUCCCCUCCCUCCCACUUUCCCCCCACCGUAUAAGGAGAGGCAGCUGCUGGGAGCGUCCCCAGGAUCUAAAUAUAGUGGCCCCUGCCUAGGACUCCAAAAGCCACGGGGCGGCGGGAGCCAUCAUGGCACGGCAGCAUGCCCGGACCCUGUGGUACGACAGGCCCAAGUAUGUGUUCAUGGAGUUUUGCCCAGUAUGGCUGUCUGUGGACUUUGAUAACUGGAGAGACUGGGAAGGGGAUGAAGAGGUGGAACUGGCUCACAUGGAACAUUAUGCAGAGCUUUUGAAGAAGGUCAGCACCAAGAGACCUCCCCCUGCCAUGGAUGACCUGGAUGAUGAUUCUGACAGCACUGAUGCAAAAGGCACUUGACCAUGGCUACUGCAUCAGAUGGCAGGA